AUGGAGCAGCCGCCAUCGACCCAAGAUGGCGCUGCCGUCGAGAUGAUACAGAAAACCAUGUCCUUUCCGUCCUUCCUAGGUCGGCGGUCAUUCGUGCCUCGACCAAUCUCAAAUGCUACAGACUUCUUUGACGUUGACGACGAGAGCGAUUCGGGCAAGUCACCGAAAAGCCUGGCCUCUCUCGACAAUGGCAGCGAUUCAACCCUCUCAUCACAGGGGCUGAAAACCCCACACUCAGCAGGCCUAGGAGCCUUCGAAUUCCACUUCGACGACCGGCCUGUCUCGGGACCCCAAGGCCCGCACCUCUUCCAGUCAGUACCAGAGGAGGAGUCAAAGGAGACCACACCUGAACUCCUGCCAUCCGCCAAGCCAAGAACACGGCCUGUCACCGCAUUGAACCAGGCCGUGGCCGAGCUCGAUGAGACUCAAGUCCGAAGCUGGAGGCCUGAUCAGGUCGCCGAGUGGAUGGCUGAGGCAGGCUUCGAAUCCAGCGUGAUUGACAAAUUCCUCAUCCACGACAUCAGUGGCUCGGUCCUGGUUGACCUCCAAUUCGAGGAUCUCAAGGAACUGGACAUUAGUUCCUUUGGGAAGCGCCACCGGGUCAUGAGCUCCAUACAACAGCUCCGAGACUCGGUCUUGAUCACAGAGCCCGUCCUCUCCAGAACACCUUCAAAGACAGCAAACACCAGCCCACGGCCGUCUCGGACGCUCACCCGAAGUGUUGCCCCCGAUGAGAGACAUGUCAUCGCCGAGUCAAGAUCCCGAUCUCGUCGCCGCGGGAGAAGGCUCAACGAUUCUUCUGAAGUCCACCCGGGCGAAUCUGUCUCUAUCGUCGCCAUUGAGCAACUGCUACCGAAAGUCCACAAGUGCUCCAAGGGAGACGACUGCCCCAAGUACCAGAAAUACCUCCGCAAGGUUGAGAAGAUCCGAGAGGAGUUUGCUGCCGAGGUCGAGGGCGAAGUUCCUCCGACUGAUGAGCAGAAGUCGGAGGCGAUGCCCUCCGUCAUUGGCUCAUCUGACGUCCUCGGUCCUACACCUCCUUUCAAGAUCACUGCCGAGCGGCUCAACGAGGUCGAGAUCCGCGACAACCAAGAGAAUGUCCGCCGUUUCCUACAACUCCAACACCUCGCCGGCAAUGCCAGCCACGCCCCCUCGCCACCGCCUGCAGCCUCUGCGGCUUAUGCUGCCAAGCCUACACCCAGCCUGUCCGAACACCUUCGCGGCCUGCCUAAGCUCACUAUUCCCGCCGAGAGUGGCGACAAUCCCAACUCCAGCAGGACACCGCUCCCAGAGUUCAGCAAUCCAUCUGACAUGCAAAGUCAACUGAAGGAGCGGCUUCUUAACGACCCUUAUCACUACGGCGGCGUCGCCUCCCCAGCUGACAUCUACCGUAUCGACACACCUUUCUCCGCCAACGACAUUCCCGUCACCAUGCACGCUGCCGACCCGGUCGGUGAGCGCUUCGUCUCCCAGUCCGUCCCACCAGAGAUGCGUUACGGCGGACCGCACAUAUGGACAACUUCAGGAGAACCCAUCGAGCGGAGCCAGUCCACCGCUCCCGCACCCCGCCGGCGCAUCACAAGGAACAUGUUCGAACCCAAGAUCACGCCCGUACAAGAGAACUUUCCCCUUUCACCAGCACAGAAAGACGGGCACGUGAGUACCGACAUCCUCUCGCGUGAGGGUUGGAUGCGGAAGCGACGUACCAACCGCGCAAUUCGCCACAACGAGUGGAGCGACAAUUACUUCCGCCUCUCCGGCAACCAGCUACUGAUGCUCGAGUCCGACCACCCCUCCGCGGCGCGCGACAUCCUCGAGUCCAUCGACGUCGACAACUAUGCCGUACACGCGUACAGCAUCGCCACGUCGUCCAAGCUGUCCGCCGCCUUCAAGAAGUCCAUCCUGGGAUCUGGAUACAUGACGUCGGAGCCCAGCUUCGCCUUUUCACUGAUCCCGGAUUCCGACAAGGGCAAGCGGCGCGUGUUGGAGAAGCAGGGCAACAAGGCGCACCACUUCGCCGUCAGAAACGGCAACGAGAAGGUCGAGUGGAUGCGCAGGCUGAUGUUGGCCAAAGCCGCCAGCCGCAGUGGCUCGGGCAGCUAUGAGUUCUAG